AUGGGAAAGCAAGCCAGGGUGGACAAUACAACCACACCGUCCCCCACAAACGCCAUCACGAGCGCCUGCCGCGGGCGCGAAGCAACAGACGCCGCGCCCGUCAGCUCCACAAGACCGGACAUCAGCACCACACAACAGCCGCGGAAGCACAACGAGCACAACGCGGCCCCGGGCCCUCCAAGCAAGAAGCCACUCCCCGCCCAAAAACGGAAAAAGACCAACGCGGAACGAAACGCGGAACCACAGCCAAAGCCCAAGACCCAGCCGCACACAAAACCAAAGCCCCCCAACACAGCAACACAACCCUCCCAAGACGACCGCCAGAUGCGACAAAACCGGCACAAAAACGACCACUCCCAACAACCCAUGCGAAACCACCCGCACAGAACCAACUCGACACCCCAACCCACGCAACACGCGACACAAGUAGCGCCCAGCCGAGAGACGAACACACCAGACCCCACCAACCACCCAAAAGCAACAAGCCCACGCCGCAAGCCAGAAGCCCCGCCACACAAGCAAGCAUGCGAACGACAUGCCAGAGCAGUAACAACACCAACCCACGUCAAGAAGGACGUCAGCAGCGGCUGCAACGAACGAGAAAACGCCGCGGCCCAGCACAAACGCACCGCCAACACGUUCAAGACCCAAGCCACGCCCUGCAAGCAGCCCAAGACCCAAGCGAGCGCACAGAAGAACGCGCGGCACAACAUCUACACCGCACCCAUGGCCCACCCACACGAACAGAACCACCAAGAACCAGCAAAAGGACUACCACUACUAGUAAGAAAGAGCAAACAGGGACAUACAUCCAACUCAAACGAGCGCAACUACGCGUCCGAGAUCAAGCCCAGGACAACCACCAACGACCGGAACAACGACUCCACACGGGGAGACAACCACCACGUGCCAAACCCAACGCCCAAGAUGUGCAUCGACCGCAACAAGAACGACCAACCCCAGCGACACACACACACAAAGAAGCAGAUGCCCGACCUACAACAAAAAACGAACCAGACCCAGCAACGUUCUGCAGAGCAAGCCACCUGCCCAACCAACCAAGACAACGUCAGCCACGACACUCCAAAAACAGGAAGAGGCACCCCCCCAAGGCACACCACAACCAAGCACGAGCCAGCGGUAGGAACCAGACGACGAAAAGCCACAACCCCCCCCCCACCCGCCCGCCCGACAACGCCUACGCACAGCGCGCGACGCGGCAAACGCCCCGCACUACCGGUCGCGCAAAAAAAAGCACAUUGGCGCCCCAAGGCCAACCACAAGCGUCCGCCGCCACCGAUCCAGCGGCAGACACGCCGAAACAACCGCACCCCACAAACAGACCAAUGA